GUCACUUUUAUCACUGACACAGAGUACGCAUGUCCCUGGCUGCUGUCCAGGAUUGACUUUACUUUCACCCUUUGUACCGUGGAAGUUAUUCUGCUUUGCCCAGCACUCGGCCGUCACAGUCAUGCUUUCUCUAUCAUUACGGCGAGCACUGCGGCCCUUCGCCCUCAGGGUUUCGGGGCAUUUGGGCAGAGAGGGGCAGAUCACCGGGGAGUCAUGCAGACGAGGCCUGGCAGGCGGCUGGACGGGACAGGAGAGUCUGGCCCAGGACGACCCGGAGAUGUGGAGUCUCCUGCAGCAGGAGAAGGACAGGCAGUGCCGGGGGCUGGAGCUCAUCGCAUCAGAGAACUUCUGCAGCCGUGCGGCGCUCGAAGCUCAGGGCUCUUGUCUGAACAACAAAUACUCCGAGGGGUACCCAGGACAAAGGUACUAUGGAGGUGCAGAGGUGGUGGAUCAGAUCGAGCUGCUGUGCCAGAAGCGAGCGCUCACCGCCUUCGGCCUGGAUCCCAACCUGUGGGGCGUCAACGUCCAACCGUACUCCGGAUCACCCGCUAACUUUGCAGCCUACACCUCCGUCCUGCAGCCUCACGACCGCAUCAUGGGCCUGGAUCUGCCCGACGGGGGACACCUCACCCACGGCUACAUGACGGACACCAAGAGGAUCUCGGCCACCUCCAUUUACUUUGAAUCGAUGCCUUACAAGCUAGACCCUCAAACAGGUCUGAUAGAUUACGGCCAGCUGGAGAGGACGGCUCGUCUGUUCAGACCCAGACUCAUCAUAGCAGGAACCAGCGCCUACGCUCGCCUCAUCGACUAUUCACGCAUGAAGAAGCUGUGUGUGGAGCUGAAUGCGUACCUGCUGGCAGAUAUGGCUCAUAUCAGCGGUCUGGUGGCAGCAGGAACAGUUCCUUCUCCUUUUCAGUACGCUGACCUGGUCACCACCACGACCCAUAAGUCUCUGAGAGGAGCACGGGCUGGGCUGAUCUUCUUCAGGAAAGGUGUGCGUUCUGUGGAUAAGAAGGGCCGUGAGGUCCUCUACGACCUCCAGGACCGGGUCAACUUCGCCGUCUUCCCGUCUCUCCAGGGAGGACCUCACAACCACGCCAUCGCCGGGGUGGCGGUCGCACUCAGACAGGCUUCCACUCCGAUGUUCAAACAGUACAUCGCUCAAGUGCUGCUGAACGCCAAAGCCAUGGCCAGCGCUCUGCUGAAGAAAGGCUACACCCUGGUGUCAGGAGGAACUGACAACCACCUGGUCCUGGUUGACCUCCGACCUCGUGGGAUCGACGGCGCCCGAGCCGAGAGGGUCCUGGAGCUGGUGUCCAUCACCGCCAACAAGAACACGUGUCCCGGAGACAAGAGCGCCCUGACUCCAGGAGGACUCCGACUCGGAGCUCCGGCUCUGACCUCUCGACAGUUUAAGGAGGCAGACUUUGAAAAGGUCGUGGAUUUGAUCGACGAAGGGAUUCAGAUUGCUCUGGAUGUGAAGAAGAAGACCGGGAACCUUGCUAGCUUCAAGUCCUGCCUGCUGGAGGACCCGGACACGGUGUCUCGCAUCGCAGAGCUCCGCCAGCGGGUGGAGCUGUUCGCCAGGCCCUUCCCUAUGCCGGGAUUCACUGACCACUAAAGCCCACCGUUCCCCCCCCUCACAUCACAGAGAGAUGUCCUCAGAAGACCUCCACUGCCAUAGUCUCGCUUUAUUCCGAUGAUGUUGUCGUGGCAACAGGCUUUGAUUCAUCACGCUAAAUCUGCUAAAAGACUUUUAAAAAACUAAUGAAUCAAUGGAAGAAAUAGUAAAAGUCACACAACGCAAGCUGCCAGGUAAAUAGACGCUAGAAGACGGUAAAAUAAUCCCACUAUCACACACAACAACAUGAAUAUGCAAACACUUAUUCAGCAUUUAUAAGCAGUUGAAUAAAUAGUUUAUAGCAAAUGAUAGUAAUGUAAUAAUAAAUUAAUAAUAAGUCUGAUAUUAUAAAUGAGUAUUACAAGUAAUUUAAAGUCUUUUUAAGGUCAUUUUUUGCCUUGUUUUUGUUUUUGUUUCAUUUGUUGUAUUUUUGUUGCUAAUUUUUAAAAAAAAUAUUUUUUCUUGUUUUCAAUGUUUUUUGUCUGACUUUUGUCUUUUGUCUCAUGCUUUUGUCGUUUUGUAUUUCCUUUUUGUCUGGCUUGUGUAAUGUUUGAAAAAAAAGACAAUUACUUAAAUGUUUUACUCUAAGAAUUUAACACCAGAAAGACUUGGUGUUAAAUUAUCAAUCGUAUAUUUUGUCAUUUAUUGGAGCAUUUGACAAACUGAUAUUAAUGGAUAUAGAGAUGGAAAUGAGGUUGAAAAUCGUGGUUAUUUUCCAACAAAAAUGGUACUAAAGGGUCCAAAUGUUGCUCAGUAACAUCCACUAGCCGGCACUCAGCAGCAACUGGACUUUCUGCGUUUCUUUCUGCUGUUUGUCGCCCAAACCCAGAAGUGUUUGGAGGUAUUUGGUCUCUAAUCCUGUUCUAGAGCUCUUAUCGGGUUUUGUCCUGCAGCCUGGGAAACUUUACAGCAGGAAUCCAAACCCCACAGCAUUCUGUUUUUAGGGUUUCUUCUGUGUGUGAGAGAGAAACAUUAUGAAUCAUUGCACCUUUAAUUUGUAUGUUAAAGUGAAGAAUGUACACUGUAUGUAUAUAAAAAGAACUUCUUAAUUGCAAUAAAAGCUGAGCCUGAAUGUU